CACGUGACGGGGGAGGCCCCGGCGACUGACAGCGCCGAGGUCAGGGGCACCAGCUGAGAGAGCCCGACACUCGCUGCCUAGCGAUGCUGCGGAACGGAGCCGCCGGAACCGCCGCCUCCCCGGCCAGCCACGCCGCUGCCCGGCCCGUGCGCGUCUGGUGCGACGGAUGCUAUGACAUGGUGCAUUAUGGGCACUCUAACCAGCUGCGGCAGGCUCGUGCAAUGGGUGAUUAUCUGAUUGUGGGAGUUCACACAGAUGAGGAAAUUUCCAACCAUAAAGGUCCCCCUGUCUUCACUCAAGAAGAGAGAUACAAAAUGGUGAAGGCUAUUAAGUGGGUGGAUGAGAUUGUGCCAGGAGCUCCUUAUGUCACAACACUGGAAACUCUGGAUAAAUAUAACUGUGAUUUCUGUGUUCAUGGAGAUGAUAUCACACUUACAGCAGAUGGCAAGGACACCUAUGAGGAAGUGAAGAAUGCUGGGAGAUACAGGGAAUGUAAACGCACCCAGGGAGUGUCUACCACAGAUCUGGUUGGCCGUAUGCUGCUCAUGACCAAGGCUCAUCACAGCAACAUUGUUGAAGACAUGGAUUAUCGAACACAUGCAGAUAACCUUGGGAAGUGCCCAAAAGGUCAUAGCCCCUGGACGGGAGUUUCUCAGUUCCUGCAAACAUCUCAGAAGAUCAUCCAGUUUGCAUCUGGCAAGGAGCCACAACCAGGAGAUACUAUCAUCUAUGUGGCUGGUGCCUUUGACCUUUUUCAUGUUGGUCAUGUCGAUUUUCUAGAAAAAGUGCACCAGAUGGCAAAGCAACCUUAUAUAAUUGCAGGGCUACAUUUUGACCAGGAAGUAAAUCUAUACAAAGGCAAGAAUUACCCUAUAAUGAAUGUGCAUGAGCGAACCCUCAGUGUUCUAGCCUGUAGGUAUGUUUCUGAAGUAGUGAUUGGAGCACCUUAUGCAGUCACAGCUGAUCUACUGGAUCAUUUUAAAGUGGAUCUAGUUUGCCAUGGGAUGACAGAAUUGGUACCAGACAAAGAUGGGUCUGAUCCAUAUGAGGAACCCAAGAGACGUGGCAUCUUCCGAUUGGUGGACAGUGGCAAUAACCUCACAACGGAUUUAAUUGUGAAAAGAAUAAUUAAGAACAGGCUUGAAUUUGAAGCCCGGAAUCAGAAAAAAGAGGCCAAGGAGCUGGCUGUGCUGGAGGCCAUGAAGAAAAAAGAAGAGGAAGCAGCCCAGCAGAAGGCAGCCCUAAAAGGCUCAGAAGACCAUGAAAGCUAGCAUGGAGAAAGGUGCAGCAGAAUCCUCCCUUCUGGAUUGAUUUUGCUGAAGGAAAGGAUACUGCUGCUAAUCUCAGCAAGGCCUGUGGUCAUGACUUUCCUGGUUUCAAGUCCACUAGUACAUGGGAAAGAUCCAGGAUGCUGCUAUCUAAAUAUCCCAGGCCCGCUCCUAUGGGAUGAGUUCAAUAUUGACCUCCCAAUAACAGAUUUUAAUUCCAAUGAAUGUCUGCAAUACUGCGUGGUUUUAUCUUCUAGCAAUAUCUGACUUGUUGGAAUUGGGGAGCAGGAAUAAUCUCUGCUCAGCUUUCUUCUAAAAUCUAUAUAUUUCAGAGCAUCCCUCUGAUUUUUGCCUGCCAGAGACAAUUUUCUGGUCUUUAAAGCCAUCCUAUCUGGCCUGGCUAAUAGCCUACACAGCACUGAUAAGAUCCCAAGGUACUCAGUCAAUAGCAGUACCCUUUUCUUGAGAGAAAGUUUGCAGCCAUAUUGGCCAAGGCAUUUCUCAGCUGGAUCCAAAGGGGAACAAGAGGGCCAGUCUGUAGCUGCUUACACUGCCUUACACUGACUCUGUUAUAUUCAAAGUCUUGAGUGGAAUCUACUGAAUCUCAGACUUCCCAGUGGCGUACAAUGUGCCCUCAUUAAACCAUAUUAAGAUGUGCCUCUUUAGAUCCAUGUGGCUAAGCAAGAAUUGGUGGGAUUGCAUUAUUAAAUGUUUGCAAUAUGGUGUAAAUCUUUAAAAAUCUGGCUGUGACUGGAUCUGCUUAUUAAAACCCCAAUACAUUGCUUUGCAACAGGGACUUUACCCUCCUCUGUGCUGUCCCUGUGGCUCUUGUAUAGAGGAACUGAGACAUCUGAUACUCCCAGCUGAGCAUACCGCCCAUUGUGUGUAAAUGCUUUGUACUGUUAAAGUUGGAUGCUUCAUUGUGAGGCUCACAGGUAAGGCUCACACUUGCCUGAGACUUCUUUCACAUGCAUGUGGGAAUGCACAUGGAGGCUGUUCAUGAGGGUAGGGUUCUUUCCCCUUCCAGGCAGGUUUUUUUCUAUCUCUCUUGUGCACUUUCAGCAGUGGAAAUUAAUAAAACAUCAAUGACUUGU